AUGGUGUAUGGAAAAGUAGCAAUGAUACCUAUUGAGUUUGAACAUAAAACUCUAAGAACAACUCUGCAACUAAAUAUGACACUUUCUGAAGCACAGACAGACUGUAUUCAACAAUUAAAUGCUUUGGAUGAGUGGAGAAAAAUGGAUGUCCAACAGAGAAAACUAAUUCAAAAUCAAACAGCUAAGCGGCAUGAUAAAUACAUUAAGGAGAAGAAGUUUCAGGCAAGAGAUUGGGCGUUGCUAUAUGAUUCAAGAUAUAAAGAUACUAUGGGAAAGCUGCAAACUAGAUGGUUAGGACCAUAUGAAAUAGAGGAAGUUUUAAAAAAUGGAGCUAUUUGUUUGACCACUAUUGAUCCAGUUUAG